GGAAAGAUUCCCUAUAGGUGCGGAAACAAAGAUGGCGGAAGAGGAGAACCAGUUUGAAGAAUGUGAGCAGAUAGACUUUUUAAAAGACCGACAUGUCCGAUUCUUCCAGAGGACCCUGCAGGUGUUACCUGAGCGAUACGCUUCGCUGGAGACAACCCGGUUAACUAUCCUGUUUUUUGCCCUUUCUGGUCUGGAUGUAUUGGAUGCCCUGGAUGUGGUUGACAGUGACGUGCUGAUUGAGUGGAUUUAUUCACAGCAAGUUCUACCCACUCAGGACAAAUCCAACCUGAACCGAUGUGGGUUUCGAGGAUCCUCACAUAUUGGAAUUCCCUACAGCACUAAGGGUCCAGGUGUGCUCCAUCCAUACGACAGUGGCCACGUGGCCAUGACCUACACCGGACUGUGCUCGCUGUUGAUACUUGGCGAUGACCUGAGUCGGGUUAAUAAAGAGGCCGUUCUGGCUGGUCUCAAAGUGCUCCAGCUCGAGGACGGAAGUUUCUAUGCUGUGCCAGAAGGAAGCGAGAACGAUAUCCGGUUUAUCUACUGUGCUGCUAGUAUCUGUUACAUGCUGGAUGACUGGUCGGGCAUGGACAUCCAGAAAGCCAUUGAAUACAUCCGGGGAAGUUUGUCAUAUGACAAUGCAUUUGGCCAAGGAGCUGGGAAAGAGUGUCAUGGUGGCUGGACGUACUGUGCCAUAGCCUCCCUGUGUCUGAUGGGCCGGCUAGAGGAGGCUCUGAGUCAGCGGGAGCUGAACAGGAUCCGGCGCUGGUGCAUCAUGAGGCAGCAGAGCGGCUUCCAGGGACGACCCAACAAACCUGUGGAUACAUGCUACUCCUUCUGGGUGGGGGCUACCCUGGAGCUCUUGGAUGCGUUCCAGUUCACCAACUUUGAGAAAAACAGGAGCUUCAUUCUGUCCACGCAGGAUCGUUUGGUUGGUGGCUUCGCCAAGUGGCCUGACAGCCACCCAGACCCUCUGCAUGCCUACUUGGGGCUGUGUGGCCUGUCUCUGAUCGGAGAGCCUGAUCUGAGGAAGGUCCACCCAGCUCUUAACAUCACCCAGAGAGCCUUUCAGCACCUCCAGCAGCUGCAGCAGACAUGGAGGGGCAACGGUGGCAGCUGCAUCGGACAGCAGGACGAUUUACAGCACUAACUGUGAAACAGAGCCGGUCUUUAGGUGACUGCUGCUGCUGCUGCGUCUCUGAGAUGUUUGGCUUUUCAAGACUUUCGAAAUCGAAUGAAACUGCGAGGAUUUAAACUCUGAGGCCCCAAGUUCAAGUCCAUCUAAAGCAACAUUUUUGUCGAGCAAUAUAGGCCACGCCUCUCUGCUGCCUUUUUUUUAAAACAAGUAGUCAAUAAAGUUAUGCGUCGUGGUUUGUGAAAGUAUAAUAUUAUGAUGUGCCAGAAAGCGUAAUUAACUGGAGACUUGAACAAACAUCCGAUGCCUCCAUCUUUAGUUUAUGGCCUUUUUAACAUUUUUGAAUCAACAGACUUUUCCUUAAGGACGCAUUGCUUUACUUGUUUUUUUAUGCUCUUUGCUGGAGCUGCACAUAGCUGCUGAGCUUUUUGUAACGCGUUUAGACCCGUGGGACCCAGUCAGCUUGAGGACUGUAGUCCUCCCAUGAUGCAGCCGCUCUUCAUGGGUCAAUAGUUCCUCUGUUUGAAAGCUGAGACCAUCCAACAGGUUUAUUCUCCUUAGCUUCUCACUCCUCUGACCCAGGCUUUAAUUUUCAAUCAACAGUUUUAGAUACAAACCUGAACUGCUUGGGUGACAUUUAUUAAAACGGGGCUAAAUCUACCUCAGGACACAAAUGAUUAUUUGGACUUUUUUAAAUGGAGUUUUGGAGUAGAUUAAGUCUGAAGCCUUUUUAUUGGGAUCUUAUCGGACAGGAAACAUUAAGUGGCUCAUAAUUCUAAAAAGGACCGAUAAUUGUACAACUGUUUAAUAUUUUUUCCAAGCAAUUGGAAUCUAAAAUAAGAGAUCGGCAGUUUAACUCACCUUCACUGCAAUGAACAGCUGCUACUCUAGUUGUGUACAUCUAAAAACAGCUGAUUAAAAGUCCUUUGGAGCAUGGCUUAAAUCAUCGGAUGCAGAAGGUCUAUAAACAUAGAUGUUUGACUGUGAACACAGAGCCGGUUGCUUUCAAGUCUGGACUUUGUUGUAGGUCACUCUAACUUAUUAGAAUGGUUUAACAGAUUAAAUCACCUCCUUGUGUUAAGCGUUCUUUCAGAAACUGGACCUGGGCCCGUUUUAAAAGGUUCUGCUUGCACCAAUAGGUCCUCAUCAGUGAUUUCUCUGCUUUUAACUUCAUUAAUCCUCAUAGGCAUCACUAUCCCUGAUGAAGAAAAGCCUCCAUGUUCCAAACAUUACUUUCCUAGGCUUUUAUUUUGCUGCGCCUCACAGGUGGCGUCCACAGCUAAUACUGAUCAUGCCAGCAUUUUCCCACCUGAGCAGCGGAUUUCUGCAGCUCCCCUAAAGUUCCCAUGCAACAUUUUUUUUUUUUUAUUUUUUUUAACAUUUACAAUCAAGGGUGAGAGAUGGCACUAUAUAUUUCAUUUAGAACUAUCGCAUCAAGUUCAGGUUUUUCUUUGUAAAAUUAUCUUGAAAACAAAGUUGUUGUUUUGUUUAACGGCAGUGAAGCUUGGUUGUAAUGAAGCAAAAUGUAUAAAAAGUACCAAGGAGUACGAAUCAUUUCCCAGGUUCUGUAACACUGAAUUCCCUUCCUGUAAACAGCAUUACGCUAAGGAGGCUCUUUCAUGACACUUGAACUUUGCUCAUUCACCUGCUUCCUGAAUCCCUGUGAGGUCAUUUCAGCUGGGAAUCAGUAGAGAGGUUAGACAAUGGCAUCAUAACCAGAGGAAACAUCUUCCUUUGAUGCGUGCUGCUUAUUCUUAGUCCAGAAAGGAUGCGGGAUGAAAUAAAAAACAAUGACCAUAAUUGUACCUCCAUGUGUAAGAAAGCAGAGAGCAGCUUUCCAUUUGAUAACCAUCAGAACUCUAGUGAUUAUUUUCAUCUAGCUGCUUUGAAUACGUUAAUUUAGCCCUCUCUGGAGGCCAUAACCUGGGCGGAGGAGUCUUUCCACCUCUUGCUUCUGCAUCAGGUUUCUGUCGUACAGCAAGAGAAAAUAUUUCCAGCUUUACGUAUAGCUGUCAGAAGUGGCACUUUUUUUUUUUUUUAAUGAGGCCACAGUCUGAGGUAGCACCUGCUCCCCACGCUGACACAUGAGGACGAGAUGCUUUCAAAGACUCGGAGAUGCAGCUGCCCGUCGGCUGCAUGCAGACAUGUCUGCGACUGCAUGCAGAAACCAGAUUAAACCUGCCGUCGCUUUCCAAAGCUAUUGGGAGGAGAAAAAAGCCCCCCAAAAAAGGAGGAGGUGAUGUAAGGAGAGGUAGAUGAAUAAAUAAUGCGAGCCAUCUAUUAUUGACAGUAAAGCUGUCGGAGGCUGGAUUAUGCUCUUUGAAUCCAGACCAAACACUGGGCUGCAGUGUACAAAUAAUGCCCUAACGGAAUUAUUUGUAUUUUUCAUUUUUGCUUUAAUCUG